AUCUGGCGGCGAGACUUUUUUACUUUUCAGCAGUUAGACUGCAUCUUGUUGUGCCAUCGUUCUGCCUACAAUGACUUUGGGCGUCUAAAUUUGGGGUGCAAGUGUUGAGUUCACUGACGUGUUCAGAUGGUGGCCAACAUGAGUUCCUCGUGUGCAGCUUUUACAUGGUGUGCAAUCAGGUGGAUCCUCGUCCUGCUCGUCGCUGCGCAGCAGCUUGAUGCAGGGAAUUUUGAGGGUCCAUGUGAAGGGAGAAACUGCUCCGUAUGUCAAUGCCUACCUGCCAAAGGUGCACGGGGACUGCCGGGUAAAACAGGCAAGCAAGGACCUCGCGGGCCAAUGGGACAAUUAGGCAGAGAUGGGCCGCCUGGAGAGAAAGGCAGGCUGGGCUCACAGGGAGCGCCAGGCCCAGAAGGCCCUAAAGGAGCUCGGGGCAACACUGGGAGUCCAGGUUUUUCUGGUCAUGACGGUUUAUUGGGUCAUCCUGGAGCAAGUGGUGAGCCUGGUUUGCCUGGGGUAGACGGUUGUGCGGGGGCUGCGGGUCAACCUGGCGUCCCUGGUAUUCCUGGCCUGGAUGGUCUGCAUGGGCCACCUGGGUUUCCUGGACCAAAAGGACUUAAGGGAGAACCCUCAUACACCGAUUCCCUUCCUGGACUUCCUGGAGAUCCCGGUCGACCAGGGGAUCCGGGUCAACCUGGCCCAAUAGGAGUCAACGGACCGAAAGGCCAUAAUGGGGCUCCAGGCUCACCUGGAAAUCCGGGCUCGAGAGGCGAUAAAGGUGUCCGAGGACCACCAGGUGACCCUGGAAGACCAGAGCCAGGCACAAAAGGAGACGAUGGUGAACAAGGCCCACCCGGUCCACAAGGACCAGAAGAAGUCAUUGAGUUUCCCCCAGAUUUCCUCCCACCCAAAGGUUACAAGGGAGACAGAGGACAUCCUGGACUAUGUGGACCAAAGGGCCAGCCAGGUGGUCGAGGAGACACCUUCGGUCAAGGAAUGAAAGGAGAGGAAGGAAUUCCUGGGUUUCCUGGAUUGCGGGGUUUUCCGGGGUCACCUGGUACUUCAGGACCAGUGGGACCUGAGGGUUUACCAGGCGAGAGGGGGCUUCCAGGUCUCAUUGGAACACUUGGACCAAAGGGCUACCUUGGCGAUCCAGGUCUCCCUGGUCCCUCACAGUAUUUGAAAGGGUCUGCUCUCAGAGGAGCAAAAGGUGAAAAAGGCUAUCCGGGAAAUCCCGGACUACCGGGUGACCCAGGAUUAAUGGGCAUGCGGGGACCUCCUGGCCCAAAAGGACUGACAUAUACAGAUGGACAGAGUGUGCCUGGUCCAAGGGGACCCCCAGGUCCCAAGGGCUUUAAGGGAGAGCCAGGGAGAUUCAACGAUUUAAUCAAUCCUCUCCCGGGACCAAAGGGAAGAAAAGGAAUCCACGGGAUUAAAGGUGUCAUCGGACUUCCUGGUCCUCCAGGAUGCGGUGAUUAUAUUUGUGAGCCUGGUCAACCAGGAGACCCAGGUGAUAGAGGACCUCUAGGACAUCCUGGAAACAAAGGCGUCAAAGGAUACAAAGGCUGCGAAGGCGGAUGUAAAUGUCAGUUGGUUCCAGGAGCGCCUGGUCCCCCUGGUCAGCCUGGUUUUCCAGGACCUCCAGGAUUCCCGGGAACUCCAGGGAUGAAAGGGGACGCAGGACUAAAAGGAGAAGAGGGUCCCACAGGGCCACAUGGGUUUCAAGGAAAUGUGGGUUCAAAAGGAGUAAAAGGACAAAAGGGGGAUGGUUUUGUGGCAACAGUUAAAGGUGAAAAGGGAAACCAAGGAGAACCUGGACAUCCUGGUUCUCCUGGACAAGUGGGUAAACCAGGACUUGAUGGUCCUCCUGGGCUGACAGGAGACCCUGGACCAGCAGGUGCCAGUUAUGGAGGUAGACCAGGUCCCAAAGGAGACCCGGGUAUGGUUGGUCCUAAAGGUUUUCCGGGCAUUCUGGGGCUCCCAGGUCCUGGUUUCCCUGGCAGCCAUGGUCCAACAGGACCAAAAGGAGACCAGGGGUAUCCGGGCCCUCCAGGAAUUCCCGGGCGAAAAGGCCCACCAGGUGACACGGAACUAUGUUGUCAUGACAAUGUGACGGGAUCACCUGGUGUCAAGGGAGAACCUGGGUCACCCGGGAUUCCAGGUGAGCCAGGUAGGGAUGGAAUCCCGGGAGCUUCAGGACUACCAGGACCGAAAGGCAUUACGGGAGAUGAUGGUGGAAUCGGAGCGAUUGGACCUGCAGGGCCACGCGGUAUAAAUGGAGAUCAAGGUGACCAUGGUUUUAGUGGAAAAAGCAUCGAUGGUCCUCCUGGCAUUCCCGGACUACCGGGACCACCAGGAAGGAAAGGUUCCACUGGAGAUGUGCUUCAUGCUUUGCCUGGUCCUCCCGGCCAGCCUGGCCAACCUGGACUUAGAGGCAGAAAAGGAAUUCCUGGCCAUCCAGGAAGCCCAGGGCUUCCAGGUGAACAAGGACCACCUGGAUGGCCAGGUCGAAAAGGAGAACAAGGGUUUGAUGGUGACCGUGGAGCUACUGGACCUCAAGGCCCGCCAUGUACAAUAUGUGAGUCAACAGGACCUCCUGGACCCCCCGGUCCUCCAGGAAAACCUGGACCAAGUGUGCCAGGCAUUCCUGGUCCAAGGGGCUCAAGGGGAGAUACAGGCCUACCCGGUUUUGGCCCUGUGGGAGCACCGGGUCUCCCUGGUCUUCCUGGUACACCAGGCCCAGCAGGGCCAAGAGGCUCUGCUGGUCCUCCGGGAGAUUUGGGGAAUGACGGUUGGCCGGGACAGAAAGGUGAGUUGGGAUUCCCUGGCAGGGAUGGGGCCACAGGCUUGCCAGGCCCUCCAGGGCCUCCAGGUCCAAGAGGCAUACAGGGGGAAAGAGGCUUUAAUGGUCCACCAGGUGUCAUGGGAGAACCAGGAUAUCCUGGUAUUAAAGGAAUACCUGGUCCCAGAGGAUUACCUGGAGAAUCAAAACUUGUGUCUUUAAAAAAGGGAGAACCAGGACAACCAGGCAGAAGAGGACAGCCUGGUCUACCUGGACCAAUAGGUUUAAAGGGUCAAAGAGGAGGGCAAGGUGAUCCGGGACCAGAUAGUUUCCCUGGUUCACCUGGAUUUAAAGGUGAUGCUGGUGUACCAGGCAGACAUGGGAUACCUGGAGAUUCCGGGCACCCUGGGUUGAAAGGUUUUCCUGGACCCCGGGGAUACCGUGGAAAUGAUGGAGAUCCGGGAGAACCAGGACCCAGGGGACAGCCGGGAAUACCGGGGAAUCCAGGAUUUCCAGGUGCCAAAGGUGAACCGGGAGACUCUGUUGGACAAACUGGAAGCCCAGGACCAAAAGGAGUUAAAGGAGAGGAAGGAUUCAGUGCACUGAUUGGGGAUCCAGGGGAUCCAGGUGAUCCAGGUCCAAGGGGAUACUCAGGAGUGCCUGGACUGCCGGGUGUUCCUGGUGAACCAGGAAGACAUGGUGGACCGGGUUUUCCUGGGCUUAUUGGCCCACCGGGUCAUCCAGGGGUUCCAGGUGUUCAAGGUGAUUGUGGGUAUGCAGGCCCCCUGGGUCCACCGGGCCCAUUUGGACCUCCAGGACUGCCGGGGCCACCCGGUCUUUCUGGACUGCAUGGUCUCAGGGGACCAAAAGGGAUGAAAGGAGCAAGUGGAGUCACUGUCCUAGGCCGUCCAGGACCAGAUGGCUUUCCGGGAGCCAAAGGUUCCAGGGGACUUCCGGGGCCUCCUGGACUAUCAUAUCCUGGGCUAAAAGGCAUAAUGGGUCCACCAGGUGACUCAGGUCCACCCGGUUCUCCAGGUGAACCAGGUUUUCCUGGGUGGAGAGAAUGUGACAAACCUUUGCCGGGACCUGUUGGAGAUCAAGGAUCUGAAGGGGCUCCUGGGCCACAAGGGCCCCCUGGGCCGAAAGGGGAACCGGGCAGCCUCUUUUUCCACAAAGGAGAUCAGGGGCCAACCGGCCUACCUGGGCCUCCAGGCCCGAAGGGAAACAAGGGCUAUCCAGGAAAUGCAGGGCCUUCAUCAUAUUCAGGGAUUCCAGGACCAAAAGGUGAGCGAGGCCUUCCUGGUUCCAGGGGUUUACAGGGAGUUCAAGGACAGAGAGGUGAUCCUGGGCCUUGUGGGAGCAAAGGAAUAUACGGCCCACCUGGAGACAUUGGUGCAAAGGGCGAUCGUGGUGAUUCUAUUUCUGAACCCGUACGGAGGGCUCCAGAUGGGCCCCCAGGACCACCUGGUUACCCGGGACCCAUUGGGUUGCCAGGUGCUGUGGGUUCACCUGGGCGUUACGGACCAAAAGGAUCAAAGGGUCCAACAGGUUCUCGGGGCAACGCCGGACCUCCAGGUCCUCCUGGUAUUGAUGGUCCUAUUGGUGAAAAAGGAGAUUUGGGUGAGCCAGGAUUUGUUGGGCCACAAGGCAGCCCAGGUGCACGUGGUGACCCAGGCGAGCCAGGUUAUACGAGGACAUCAAGCUCAGGGUUCCUGUUGGUUCUUCACAGCCAGUCAGUUCAAGUGCCUCAUUGCCCCGACGGCACCAGCCAGCUUUGGGUGGGCUACAGUCUGGCCUACUUGGAGGGACAGGAGAAGGCUCACACACAAGACCUUGGUCAAGCUGGCUCUUGCUUGCCCGUGUUUUCCACCAUGCCGUUCUCAUACUGCAACAAAGCUGCCUGUCACUACUCCGCGCGGAACGACAAGUCCUACUGGCUCUCCACCACUGCGGCCAUACCCAUGAUGCCGCUCUUUGGCCAUGAGAUCAGAUCCCACAUCAGCCGCUGUGUGGUGUGCGAGACACUUAUGCCCGCUGUGGCUUUUCACAGUCAGGAUUCAUCAAUUCCUCAAUGCCCAUCUGGCUGGAGGAGCCUGUGGACGGGCUUCUCCUUCCUCCUUCAAACAGGAGCAGGUGAUGAGGGUGGCGGUCAAUCUCUGACAUCACCCGGCAGCUGCCUCAAGGACUUCCGAACCCAUCCGAUCAUCGAGUGCCAGGGAGCGCGAGGUUCUUGUCACUACUUCGCCAACCUCUACAGCUUCUGGCUGACGGCCGUACGUCACGUAGAUCAGUUUGUUCAAACGAAGCCCGGAACCAUCAAAGCUGGCGAGGAGCAGCGACGGAAGGCCAGUCAGUGUCACGUCUGUUUCCGACAGUAGAGGAACUCUGGGAGAUUUGGCCCAAUGGUGGAAGAAGACAUCUUUGGAUUACCUGGUGCUCAAGUUAUUUUUGUUUAAAAAAAUGUAACUAAAAAUAAAAUGGUUCCAUUGAUUCCUUCAUGUGGCACAAACUGAUCAAUUUCAAAAGCAGUCUUUUUUUUUUUCCAUGGCAGGUUUCAAGUUAAUAUUUAUUUCUUUCUCUUACCAAACCCAAGUGACAAUCAUAAUACAGUCCUUUUUUUUCCUUCCCCAAACAUGUAUUUUUUUCUCCCCUUUUUACAUUUUUCGAAAUACGCAAAACAAGAGAACACUCAGUGCAAUAAGACAGAG